UGUUUACCGAAUUACCAUCCUAUGCAAAAUUUUCCCGGCGACAAACUUGCAAGCGCCUCUCCACCGUUCUUUGCUGCACAUCCUCUGUUUUAAUGCUUUUUAAGGGAAGUAGUCGAAGAAAUUAACGAUUGAUCGGGCUCGUUGCCGGCUUGAUUGCCGUAAGUGAGUUAUCAUAGUAGACAAGCAUCAAGCCAUCAAAUCAGCAGCAGCAGACCGUUCAUGUCAGAAAGGACGCUAAUCCCCGUUUGAAUGCCGGGCACAGCCCCCGUUAUUAUUGACUUCCCUCUCCUCUGCACUCCACCACAUAACCAGCGAACAAGAGAGAGGGACGAAAGAGUGCCGUGUUCGCAUGUGCACGGAUAACCGUCUCUCACACAACUUCAUUUGUUGUAUUUGUCCAGCGCCGAUGCAUCAGCCGAUAAAAGAUGUUCACUCUGUGAUAAACAUUUACCCACUAUCUUACUAAUAUUUACAUGAGCAUUGCGACACCAUGGACGCUGUAAUAAUUCCCUUUUUAUUUCUCCUGCAUUGCCAUGGUCUGGAGGGGAAAAAGUACAGUCAACCGGCGGCGUCGGUCAUCGAAGCGGAAUUAUUCCCCGAAUCGCACUAUUAUCAGGCGGAUUCCUCGCGUCUUCCCACACAGCAGAAAUGUGUGGAAAUCCCGCAGAAUAUGAGUUUAUGUUAUGGGAUCGGCUACCAGCAGAUGCUGCUGCCCAAUCUCCUGGAGCACGAGACCCUGGCGGAAGCUACGGAGCAGUCGGCAUCCUGGCUGCCGUUGGCCAACAUCAAAUGUCACCAGCAUACGCAGUUGUUUUUAUGCUCUUUUGCUCCCAUCUGUCCCAUUCAGCAUCCCGCUGUGCAGCCGGAUGUGUCCAUGCCGGCGGACCAGGCGUUGCCGCCGUUUUUAACCGCCGGACCGACGAUCUAUCCUUGCCGGUCACUGUGUGAAUCGGUCAAGUCCAGCUGCCAAGGGGUCAUGAACAAACACGGCUUUCCGUGGCCAGAUAUUCUGGAAUGUGGACGUUUCCCGCUGGAUAACGAUAUGUGCAUUGCGCCCAAUGCCAAUGCCCAAGUGGCCACCACACCAUCGCCGACGCCUCCGCCGACGAUGGGGAGUACAAAGGCUGGCCGGCAGAAACACCGGAAACCGGUCGAUAUGCAUCAUGUUGCUCCAACAGCGGCCAUACCACGAAAGCCGACGCCGGCCAGCAGUCCCUUGCCAUCAUCAACUGACUCCUGUGAUGCCUGUCAGGCGGUUGUCUUACCCAAGGAGCUGGAUGCCGCUUACUGCCGGGCGCAAUUCGUAUCCAAAAUUCGAUUCCGUCGGCAAACUCGUCGCGGCGCUUAUCUAGCGCGCCGACCGCGCAUCCUCCGCUUAACAGAUCCGUCCCCGGAUUUCAACCGCACCGCAUCGGAAGAAAGCCUGAAUGCGGAAAAGAGUUUGGAAUUCCUGUUCGAUCCGAGCAUCUUCAACGCCAACUGCCGCGUGACAUGUGCCGGUAAAGUGGAGCCGCGCAGUCAAAUGUAUCUCGUGUUCGGCCGAAUGGUCAAAGAGCCGGCAUUAUCCACCAAAAAGUCCCGCUUCCCGCAAGUGCUAAUGGAGCGCAUAAUGCCCUGGUUUACCGGGCCACUCAACCGUGAUUUCCGGCAGGCGGAAAAGCGAUUACAGAACUUGAAGUGUAACGGACGCACUGAUAAUGCUAACACUGUACGAAAAGGCAACCGGAAUAAGAAGAGGAAGGGCGCGGUCAAUAACAUUUAAAGAUUUGGUCUAAACUGAAAUGUUGCGGCUGAGCAGGCGCUUCUUGUAGUCGAACGGUAUCGUUUGUACAUAAAUCUUUUAUAAUGUUUCGAUUCAGAUUAUGCGUAUUUUGCUGGCUGGUGCAGAGCACUUUGAAAAUGCGACGUCAGUUUACACACUGGCAUUUGCGUACCUCUGAAAAGGGAAACAUUUAUUACUAAUUUCGAAUCUAAUGAAAAAGCUAGUAAUUGGCGCUACAAGUCUGCAACCUAGAGCAAAGACAGUAAUUAAAUUUUAAUAAAUG